GCCUUUGCUCUUUCCAGUCCUCAUUGAGUUGCAGCAAGGGAAGUAUGCAGUAUGGGAAGGAGCUGUGAGUGUUUCCUAGCACAUCGGAGACUAGUUUAUGAAAAGGCAGCUGCUCAAGCAAGGACUGAACCUUUAAAGUGGAUUAGUUCCAGAUCCUGUCAGAGGAAUAUAAUAAAUUAUGGUGGCUCAUGAUGAAAUUGGAGGUCUUUUGCCUAUCAAGAGGACUAUUCAGGUUAUUGCUGUUCAGAACCAAGCAUCUAAGGACUUAGAGGAGCCAAGCACUAAGAGAGUUCGGCCUCUAUCGCGAGUCACAUCAUUGGCAAAUCUAAUAUCUCCUGUAAGAAAUGGCGCAGUCAGACGCUUUGGCCAAACCAUCCAGUCAUUUACAAUGCGAGCCGAAAACAAGUCUCCAGGCGGUACACAGAAAACUUGUAGCAAGGUGUCUGCACCUACCCCACCCAAAAGAAGGAACAGUGUUUUGUGGUCUGAAAUAAAUAUGAAGGAAUCUCUGAGCACCAAAGAAAUCAAACGGCAAGAGGCAAUAUUUGAAAUGACAAAGGGGGAGCAAGACCUUAUUGAGGAUCUAAAGUUGGCAAGGAAGGCCUAUCAUGACCCAAUGCUGAAGCUUUCUAUUAUGUCUGAGGAAGAACUUACACAAAUAUUUGGAGAUCUAGAUUCUUACAUUCCUCUUCAUGAAGAAUUGCUUGCUAAACUUGGGGAAGCAACAAAGGCAGAUGGGACAGUUGGUCAGAUUGGUCCCAUUCUUAUUAACUGGUUACCUCGCCUGAAUGCAUACAAAGAAUACUGCAGCAACCAACUAGCUGCCAAAGCUCUUCUUGACAAAAAAAAAUUGGAUCGAAGAGUCCAGGACUUUCUUCAGCGCUGUAUUGAGUCUCCCUUCAGCCGUAAACUUGAUCUCUGGAGCUUUCUUGAUAUACCAAGAAGUCGCCUUGUCAAGUACCCUCUUCUUCUGAAGGAAAUCCUCAGGCACACGCCAAAAGAUCAUCCUGACACCAAGGCUCUGGAAGAAGCUCUAUGCUUAAUUCAAGGAGUACUUACAGACAUAAACUUGAAAAAAGGUGAAUCGGAAUGCCAGUAUUAUAUUGACAAAUUGGAGUACCUCGAUGAUAAGCAGAAGGAUCUGCGGAUUGAAUCCAGCAAGGCACUGCUUUGUCACGGGGAGCUGAAGAAUAAGAAUGGGCAUAAGCUGUUCCUGUUCCUUUUCCAAGAUGUCCUGGUUUUAACUCGUCCUAUUAUACGAAAUGAGCACCAGUAUUUUCAGGUUUACAGGCAGCCAAUCCCUGUGCAGGAACUGGUCUUGGAGGAUCUUCAGGACGGAGAUGUGAGGAUGGGAGGCUCUUUUAGAGGUGCUUUCAGUAAUUCCGACAAAGCAAAAAAUAUCUUCAGAGUGCGUUUUAAAGAUACUUGUGCUGGUCAGAGCCACACGCUCCAAGCCAAUGACGUCUUUCACAAGCAGCAGUGGCUGAACUGUAUUAAAACUGCUAUUGCUCCAUACCAACAAGAGUCUCCCACAGAACAGAAGGAACUGCCGGACCUGAGUGAAGAAUGUGAAGAAAAUCAUCCACCAGCCACAAAUGGCAAAACUCCCAGAAGGUCGUCUACUAUAUCUGGCAUUAUGGAAAUGGACCUUGAGGAAAAUGCUUUCAGCCCACUCUUGGAUAUAACAGAAGACCAAAAAACCACAGACAAAACACAGCAGAGAAAAGAGACUUUGGUUUAAUUUGCAAGAUCACUUUGAAAGGACUUGUUAUUUAUAUAAAAAUGUAUAUUUUGUGUCAUGUGAUGUGAGCAUGCCUGGAUUAUUUUCAUAAUCCUUCUGUAUGUUAUGCCCCCCUCCCUUUCAGUGGCAGCUACUGGUAUAAAGAUAACACUGUUGAAGCUAGAGUCUGUUGGUCUAUACUGUAUACAAGUGUACAUUUUGGGCUUGAUUUCAAGCAAUACUGUUUAAAUCUUAAACAUGCUGACAUUCAUACGCAAUAUUGGUUCUUAAUGGACUACAGUAUGUAAGAGCUUUGGUGUUCACUCCAAGGUUAGUGUGUUCUUAUCUACAUGUUCAUUUAAAUACAACCACUAAUUUUAAGCCAGCAAAUAGUAUUUCCUGUUGCACACAAUUUGAGUUGGUAACCUUAAAGGGCAAGUAAAGCACCACCAUUUUAGGAUUCCUUUAUGGAUUUUGCAUGGUACAGGACUACUGUACUUCUUUUCAAGCUAAAUAUGUUCCCACUAUUCUCUUCAGCUGCUCACGUUGUUUUCCGUCUGCCCCACCUCCGUGACAGGACAUAGGGAUGUUUCCUCAAGCUGUAGCCUGUCUGUCAGUCCACAAGUAUCUGUCCAUCAACAAAGUAGCUGAAGAGAAGUGGCCAGUAUCUGAUGUAACAUAGCCCUCUUCUGUGUGCCAAACAAAACUGACUGGCUUUGUCCCUUUUUAAAUUAAUUGAAACAGACUCUAAGCUUUUUAGCAGGUUUUCCACUUUACCUACUGGAAAUGUUUGUUUACUGUACAUUCCUACUUUAUAUUUGUGUAUGCUUACAAGUAUUUAAUUUUUUAAGUAGCAUAGAUUAUUUUUUUUUAAGACCAUAUAUUGUAUUUUGAAGCUUUUUGAAUAUGGCCUUUUCUUUACCAAAACAAUGCAUUUUACCAAAUCCUAAACAAGUUGCUAAACUGGUAUAGUAGGAAGGAGUAUAAAGACAAAAUUUCAUUUCUUAUGGAGUGGUUUUUUUUUUUUUUUGGAUGUUGUAGGCAUCAUUUUUAUUGUUAGUGAGAGAGACGUGAAGGCUAUGAAGGCAGGUUGAUAAAUGUAUGUAGUGUAGAGAGUUUAUUCUUAGCUUUAUGGGCCAUGGAAAUGGCAAAGGUUGAUAGAAGGCUUUUAGUACGUUGUAGAAGGUCAGACGUCAUGUUGAAAAUUAGAAGUUUCAGAGGAACUAGAGAGUUCAGAAUGUGGAGGAACCAAACCAGAAUGUUUCAAAUACCAGAGCAUUGUUUUUUUGUUUUGUGUUUUUUUUUCUUCUUUGGAGACUAGCAGUAGAAAACUAUAGACAUUAUAGUAUGAUAUCUGAAAAUAAAAUGCUGAUAUCUAUAAUUGACUAUUUUUCCAAUCAGUGUUUUAAUGAAAUGAGUUGUCCAUACCAUAUAAUGUAAUCCUGAUCUUGUAUAUGGUGACAAGUAGGAAACCUGCAGAUAUGUUGUACAUUAUGAAAUAAGGUGUUUUUUUUAAGUUUUGUUUUUGUAAAACUACCUGUACAGCUAAAAGUCUUCAAAUACAUUAAAAAAAAAAUCCUAGAA